AAGGUUCAGGGUAAUAUUAUCCUGUUCUGUAUUUUAUUUCCUUCCUUCUGUCUCGGCGUGUCCAAGACAAGAUCUUGCAAUUGACUCGUCGCGCCCUCAGGGGCACCGAGUUCGAGGCUGGUCACGUGUGGGCGAUAGCGAGGGAGUGAGAGUGUGGGUGAGUGAGGAGAGAGAGAAAGACAGGACGAUCAGUAGUGAGAGAGUUUUCAUUUGAGUUGAUGAGCAGGCGGAGGGAAGGAGAAGGAAGCAAGCAAGGCAGGCAGGCACAGGCAGGCCCAGGCAGGCACAGGAAGGAUGUUAACCAGACAUGUCUCAUGUCGAUGAAUCUCACGGGGAGCAGGACACUGCCGCUGCUCCUGCUCCUGCUUCUUCCGCUUGCCGCAUGCUGCAAUGUCGAGCUGCGUACGUAAACGUGGGCUCCCAUCUCUUAGUGCCGUCUCCAAGUGCUGUAUGUCGACCAUGAUCUCGCGGCCCUGGACGCGGGCAGCCUCCGUCUGGGAAGGGAAUGCGGGUGACAUAGUCAGAACAGAGUGAAAUUUCCAAGCAGCUGAAUUUCUAGUUCUUUGACAGUCAGCCAUAGUAAGCGCUAUCUGGGAAAGGCACCAGUGCAGUGCUUGAGUGAUAGAGUACGGUAUGGUGGUAAAUGAUAGAGUUUGAUCAUCAGGAGGAGCAGUAGAUGGGUAGUGUUUGAUGAGUACGGGUACGGGGCAAUAGAGAGAGAGAAAUAGAGAGAGAGGAGUGGCGAGGGGGGGAGGCGGGCGGGCGGGCAAGCAAGCAAGCAAGCGAGGCAGGCCGAGAUGCGCAUGCGGCGAGAGAACGGACAUUGAGAGCGCGAUCGUUGGCUUUAGCUGCUGAGCGACGAAUAAUCAAAUGUGUGCAAUUGUGUUGCCGAGCGAGCGAGAGGGAGGGAGGAGCAGAAGAAGGCGAGCAGGCUCUCGGGUGAGAGACAUAACCUACGCUCGGGGCGAUGAAGUUGGGCAAUCGAAUCAGUGAAUGCCGCCGCCGCCGCCGCUGCUGCUGCUGCUGCAGGCGCUCGGGCCCUUGUGAGAGGCGGACUGCCGAAGCGUGAGAGCAAGCGUCUACGUCGUCCCGAGAACGACGAACGACGAACGACGAGGAGGAGUAGGAAGGAGGAGGAGGUGUCUCGCGAUGAUGACGGGAAGUCGUAGGAGGACUAGAGUCACAUGACACCUCUGUGACAACAACAAAACUCGACUCGCAGCGAGAAGCGCGAAAGGGUGCUGCUGCUGUUGCUGGUUCUAUUUCUCUAUAGUGCCAAGGUUCCGAUAGGAAAACGCUCAGACCCGCAUCAUGAUUCAUCUCACCGAGCAUUCAAUCCUGCGAACAAUUCACCUUGUCGGAAUCUAGACAGUGACAGUGAGAGAGUGAGGGGGAGAGAGAGAAAGAGAGAGAGGGCUUGCGUGGCGCCGAGUCGUGAAGGUACAGGUCUCGUGGACUGUGGGACGAUUAAGACUGAGGGAGUGAGCGAGUGGACGACAAUGUCGCCUUCUUCCAAUAUUCAGCGGGGGCUGAAGGCCGUGGAGGCGCUCCUCGCACUCACCGUUAUGCUGUUGGUCGAGACUCCUCCGUCUGCAGCAGGGUUGCCUUCUUCGGAGCUCGUGGUCAAUCUCUUGCUCGUCAAGGAGGGCCUGGGAGACGCGCUGGGCCAGCUGAGCGACUGGGCGCCAUCCGACUCGUCUCCGUGUGCCUGGACGGGCAUCACUUGCAGCCAAGUCUCGGUUUCUGAUAAUGGUUCCAGCAUUGUCAUCGGCUUGGAUCUUUCGAACAAGAAUCUCACGGGUUCAAUUCCGCAAGAAAUUGGCCUUCUCACCGACCUUCAAGUUCUGGAUCUGAAUAGCAAUGGCCUGACCGGGCAGAUACCGUCGAGCAUAAUAAACCUGACGCAGCUAACCUUCAUCAAUCUCACCUCGAACUUAUUGAAUGGCAGUCUUCCCGUAGGAAUAUCAGCCAUGAAAUCCUUACAGAAACUCGACGUGUAUGACAACCUGUGCGCCGGGCCUCUCCCCGAGGAAGUCGGUCUAAUGACCGAGCUCGUCUAUCUGCACUUAGGAGGCAACGCGUUUCAAGGGGACAUUCCUGCGAGCUACUGGAAUUUGGAUAAGCUGGUGUUUCUAAACCUCGCAGGCAACAAGCUCACGGGCUCACUGCCUGCGGCCAUGGGCAACCUCACCUCGUUGACGUGGCUCGAGAUGGGCUACAAUCGCUUCACCACCGAGCUUCCCCCGGAGCUCGGCAAUCUGCGCGAGCUGACCUACCUGGAUUUCUCCUGGGCCAACAUCAGCGGACAGAUCCCCCGCGAGCUCGGCAUGCUCGCCAAGCUCGGGUCGCUCUUCCUCUACAGCAAUCGGAUCUCGGGCCCCAUUCCGGCCGAAAUCGGCAACAUGUCCGGCAUUUGGAGCAUUGAUCUGUCGAACAACAGUCUGAGCGGCAGCAUUCCGCCCGAGCUGGGCAACUUGAAGCAGAGCCGAUUCAUCAGCCUCUGGGCCAACAAUCUCACCGGCAGCAUCCCGCCCAGCUUCGGCGACUUCCCGCAUCUGCUCACUCUGCUGCUGUGGAACAACUCGCUCAGCGGCAGCCUGCCGCAGCAGCUGGGCCUGGCGUCCAGCCUCGGCCACAUCGACGUGUCCUCGAACCAGCUGAGCGGCAGCAUUCCUCCCGAGCUGUGCAAGUCCGGCGCGCUCUGGCGCCUCAUUCUCUUCAACAAUGCCUUCACGGGCUCGCUGCCUGCGGGCCUCGCGAGCUGCCCGAGCUUGUACCGAGUGCGCAUUCAGAACAAUCAGCUGACUGGCGCCAUCCCGGCGGGGUUCGGCUUUCUGCCAUACUUGGCCUUUCUGGACCUGUCGAGAAACCAGCUGAAUGGCAGCCUCCCGGCCGACAUCGUCAGCGCAUCGGAGCUCACAUUCAUCGACCUGUCGUUCAAUCGCAUCACGGGCACCUUCCCGUCGAGCGAGGCGGUGUGGACAUUCUACAAUCUGCAGGAGUUUUACGCCGCGGGGAAUGCGUUGUACGGGAACAUUCCGCCGCAGUUCGGCAAUGUGUCGUCGCUGGGCGUGCUGGAUCUGUCGGGGAAUGCGUUCUCGGGGCACAUCCCGGCCUCGCUGUGCAAUUGCUCGCGGCUCGUCAAUCUGAACCUGAGCAACAACAGGCUCACGGGCGAGAUCCCGUCGCUGUUCGGCAACAUGAUGGAUUUGGCUUCGCUCGACCUCUCGCGGAACGAGCUGGACGGCGAGAUCCCCACCACAUUGCAGAACUUGUCGACUCUGGACGCCUUGAAUGUCUCGUACAACAAUCUCGAAGGCCCCGUGCCGACGUCGGGCGUGUUCCAGUUUCUGAAUGCCAGCUCGUUCAUCGGCAACCCGGCCUUGUGCGGGCAGAAGGUGCUGCGGCAAUGCACGGGCGAGGAGCAUGGCGGCAAGAAGGGCAAGAACGGGGGCGCCGUGGCCUUCAUGAUCGCCGGCAUAUUUCUCGUGGCCUUGGGAGUUCUGAUCGUCGGCAUCUGCUGCUUCUACAAGCAGUACCACUGGCAGAUUCGCCGAGUGCUCAAAGGAGGCACAUCGACGCCCACCGAGUGGCCGUGGACUCUGACGACCUUCCAGAGGCUCAACUUCUCGGCGGACGAGGUGGUGGGAUGUCUGAAGGAGAGCAACAUCAUCGGCAUGGGUGGGGCCGGGACGGUGUACAAGGGCGAGUUUCCUGGCGGGGACAUCGUUGCGGUCAAGAGGCUGUGGGGCAGUCGCAAACCCGAGCACAUGGGCAAGGACCAGGGGUUUUCGGCCGAGGUCGACCUGCUGGGAAGUAUCCGACACCGCAACAUCGUCAGAUUGCUCGGGUUCUGCUCGAACCACGAGACGAAUCUGCUGAUCUACGAGUACAUGCCGAAUGGCAGUUUGGGCGAGCUCUUGCACGGCUGGAAGAACAGCGCCAAGCGAGAUGGCACUAAGGUGAACAUCCUGGCCGAUUGGUUGACGAGGUUCAACAUCGCCAUGGGCGUUGCGCAAGGCCUGGCCUACCUGCACCACGACUGCUGCCCUCCCAUCGUCCAUCGCGACGUCAAAUCCAACAACAUUCUUCUCGACACGAACAUGGAAGCUCGCGUCGCGGAUUUCGGCCUCGCCAAGCUGUUCGAGAGCAACCAGUCCAUGUCUCUGGUCGCCGGAUCCUACGGCUACAUUGCCCCAGAAUACGCCUACACCUUGAAAGUCGACGAGAAGAGCGACAUCUACAGCCUAGGAGUAGUGCUGCUCGAGCUGCUGACAGGAAGGCAGCCCGUGGAGACGACGGACUUCGGCGAGUCCGUGAACAUCGUGGAGUGGGUGACGCGGAAGAUGGCAUCGAAGGAGGGAUUGCUGGAGGUGCUGGAUCCCGAUGUGGGCUCCGGGUGCUACUCCGUGCAGGAGGAGAUGAUCAUGGUUCUGCGCAUCGCCCUGCUGUGCACCAGCCGCCUGCCCAAAGAUCGCCCGUCCAUGCGAGACGUGGUGACCAUGCUCUCGGAAGCGCAGCCGCGGCGCAAGACAGCGGCCAACGAGUCGAGCUUCCGAUCGCGCUUCGUCUAGAUGAUGAUGCUCCCUCCCGCCCGCCGCUGUCACCACACUCUGCGCCCUAAGCACUCGCCGCCGCUGCAGUGCAGUGCGGUCCUUCUGACACCCGGGCGGCGAGCCAGACGCACGUAAGAAAGACGCCACCCACACUCAUGAGACGAGCCGACGACGACGACGACGACGACGAAGCGCCGAUGAGAAAUCGUGUACAUACAGCCCGGAACGCAUGAGAGAAAGGUAGUGGCUGGCUGCAUGGAGAGCUCAGUAUCUCAAGCUUUGUAACAUAUCUGUGGAGGAGGGUAAUACUACAUAGAUAGAUUCCAGCUGUGUCCCGAGAAAGGAGUUGAUUCGGUGGUGGUGGUCAUGAUCCUCGAGUUGAAGGCCCUUUUUACUUCAGAGGUGAACUAGUUUCUCCGGGCACGCCCCCAUAUCAUACAGGCAGACAGAGCGCCAGCGCAGCGGUCCAUGCUCGCCCGCUCGCUCGCUCCACGAGGAAGUAGCACAGAAUGCCUUGGGUAGUUUAGUAGGGGCCCGCGCGAGCCAGCGAAAUCGGUGCUAGCUAGACUGUCGGCUGCGCUCCCCGAGUAUGAGAUCUGCGACGUCUUUUGUAUGUCGAUGAUUGCGGUCUAGCACAUCGAACCUGUAGUAGGCCAGGCUAAAGCAGAGGCAUCAUUCUAGGAACAUAGUCGACUGCAGGACGGAGGAAGAAACCCAAACUUUCGAUUCUGUAGUAUUUUUGGGCAACAAGAAAGAGACUGCUGCAGCGUUUCUCAUGUACACACACAACUUUUUUCAGUAUCAAGGAAUAUACUUCACCCAUCUCUGCCU